AGGACAUGACGUCACUCACUUGACUUGUUCAGCGGGGCGAGAAGUCGUUAGUUUACGAUAUUCAUCUUCUCCUGAUGUUCUCCAAGUGUACUCUUGAUUUUUUCAUGGUUUAAUCACGCACUACCUUUACACAUCAAACAGCCACCAUAUGAUACGGCCCAGAUCACUCCCUCUUCGGUACCCAAACCGCUCCUUACCUCUCUUCCGAUUCCGCAACCACCUCAUUUCCCGUUCCAUUCUUACCGAUUCAUCCACUGCUUUGCCCACUUCUUCGUCAUCAGCUCCUCGAAGCACGGCAUCAUUCUACAUCUCCAACGUCUUCCCUAUUCAGCUGGGAAGAUUGGAUUUCAGGCCCAGUAUUGCUUCUUUUCUUAGAGAAGAAGCGCUUCUCGAACAUCUGCAUGCCAUUGCAAACGACGUUAAAGUCCAUGGGUUCCAAGUUGAAAACUGGGAAGUCAGCAGGAAAGAUGGGGGUGUGUUCUUACAUUUUUCCUAUAUCGCUCCAACAGAGGAGCAGACUUCGAAGGAAGAAGAGAAGGUAGAUGAGGAGAAAGCUGCCAGGAUCGGUGUGGAGUCGACGCCCUCGUCCUACACACAAAACCAGCCUGGUCGGUUAUUCAUAUCUCCUCUAGAGGAAUCAGCCCAGAAACAUGGAGGAUGGCCCAGCUGGUUAGGCAACUGGUGGGCGCAGAAAAAGUGGCAUGACGAUAGAAAAGUACCCGGUCAUACACUAUACUCAUCAAGAGCGGAGGAUGGUGAAGAUGCAGCGAUGGAUGGAGAUGAAGGGGGUUUAGUAAAGGGAAGCGCAGGGGCCGUGAAGGGACUGCAAGGCGCUGCUGGGGGUGGAAGAGUAUGGGUUGUAAAGGGCAAGCAAUGGACAGAGGAUAUGAAUCGCUUCCCAUCAAACAGAUUGAGAGUCGAGUUCGACGGGCCCGAUGUCUCUCAGGAAAUGCUAUAUACGCUCUUCCGACCAUACGGUCGUCUGGCAGAUAUCCAGCCCCCUACUCCUGUGCCAGCAGGCUCGCUGCGUUUCGCAUCCGUUUCAUUCUCGCGCCUCUCUCCUGCAGCUAUAGCAAUCAAUGCUCUUCACGGAUAUUCAACGCCGACUAAUACAGCAGAUUUCACCAUUCGCGUUCUCUCCUCGGCCACUGAUAAACCUAUCCCAUUGAGCAGGCUUAGGUUAUUCUACGAAAGGCCAUUGAAGGCUCACGCCCUGAGAGACUGGAUAAGUUCCCAUCCCAGACUCGUUCUUCCAGUGGUUGCCUUUUUAAUUGGUACCUUGAGUUACACUUUCUUUGAUCCUAUCAGGGCAUUCUUUGUGCGAUCUAAGCUUGAAGGUGUAUGGGAUAUCAACGAAUACUCUCUUAUCAAAACACUUCGUCAGAAGUUUGUACUCCCAACUUCAUUCGGCUUCCUCAACUCUUCAACUUCAGAAACAGAGAAUUCAGAGGAAGCUAUCGGCAAGAAUGCAUGGGCGGACAGGAUUGAAGCAGAGAAGGGUGUGGAACAGUGGCUGGCAGAGUAUCCUUCGACGUUCAUAACCAUAACCGGUCCACCUGGUAGCGGAAAAUCAAGCCUUGUGACAAGAGUGUUGAAGCAGCAGGAUAAGCCGGCGAUGGUCAUUGAUUGUGAAGAGAUUGCGAAAGCAAAGAACGAUGCUGGUUUGGUCAGUGCCCUAGCAGACCAAACAGGUUAUUACCCGGUCUUCUCAUUCAUGUCAUCCCUUUCCGGACUCAUCGACCUCGCCGCUGUCGGCCUUAUCGGCCAAAAAGCAGGGUUCUCCACGCCUGUCGACCAACAACUUCGUCAAAUGCUCGAAAUCGUCGGUGGCGCUCUCAAAGACGUCUCCACCCAUGCCCAAAAGUCUCAUCAGGAAGCAUUCCAGGCUCAAAAAGACCAAGUUGAGACUGAUAAGAUGAGGCAGAGAAAGAGACAGAUGAUCGCAAGAGGUUGGCACGAUGGAAGACUGGAUUGUGUAGCCGGUAAUGGCUUGAGUGAAUUGGGGGUCGGAGAUGAACCGUUUGAGGAGCAAGAUUGGGAUAGCGUCCCGUUAGCGGUCCCUAUGGGUGGAAAUGUAGCUCCAAUCCAGGGUGAUACCGUCCUUACUUCCCUGACUGCCUCAACAGACAAGGUCGAAUCUGAAAAACUCGAGCUGCAAACGACGGCAUCCACAGAACUUGAUGUCGAAAGCGAAACAAUCAAGUCCCUCCCCAUCGUUGUCCUCAAAAACUUUGCACAGAAGACUGCGAAAGGUGAUCUAUGGAAUGUCCUUGCGGAAUGGGGCGCGAGUCUGGUAGAGAACAAAGUGGCACAUGUGAUAGUUGUUACCGAAGGUCCAACGGCUACCAAGGCGCUGACAAAGGCGUUACCGGCCAAGCCGCUUAAUACAGUAGGAUUAGCAGAUGCGGAUGAGGUGAAUGCCUUGGCAUAUGUAAGGGACAAACUUCGACCGCACACAGCUGCGACCACGACUACCACCGCCUCUAAUUCAACUAGUACUGCGAACGCCGGCAAUGAGUCUCAAAAACAGGGCUCGGAUCCCAAAGCUUAUACUCUUUCUCCAGAGGAUAGCGCACAGAUAGCCAAGUUGGGAGGUCGUAUGGUCGACCUCGAAAAUUUGGUGUACAAGGUUCGAACUGGAUCGAAGAUCAAGGAUGCGGUGGAUGACAUCAUUCUGAGGAAUGUGGUAGAGCUGAGAAAGGCGGCGUUUGGAGAUGACAGUGAGGAUGCAAAGGCGUUGCAGUGGACCAGAGCGCAGGCUUGGAAAGUUGUCUCUGAACUCGCUAACAAAGGAGAGAUACCGUAUAACAAGAUGCUUCAAGAAUUCCCUUUCAAAGGCGCUGAACAGAGUUUGAAGGCGCUUGAAGAGCAUGAGCUGGUGUCUGUGUCGUAUAUCGAUGGACGUGCAUCAAUGGUCAAGCCUGGCAAACCCGUGUUUAGAUACGUCUUCCAAGCACUCGUCAAUGAUCCCAUUUUCAAAUCAUCAUGUCAAAUCGAGUACAACAACGCCAUCAUCGCCAAAUCCGAAUCCGAUAUCAAAGCAUAUGAGCAAGAACUGAUGAAUCUCAAAAACAUCACGACGGAGGGUGGCUCCAACGCGAUUGGAGUUUCGGGCGGAUGGCUGGGUUUGGGUGGAAACAGUGCGAUUAGAGAUAGGGGGAAAUGGUUAUUGGAUAAAAUGGGAGGAUUGGUUGACAAGGUUGGUAAGCUGGAGAAAGAGAAUGCGGAGAUGGUGAAGGUGUUGUCCAGUGGGCGAUAAAAAUGAAGUGAUGUGCAGAUCAAGAAUUGUUUUUUCGAGCUUGAUUAACCCUCGCAGAGAAAAUUACUUGUUUGUACAUAUAUAUAUGUAUAGUGGUC